GUUAAGGGAAUUACUCUGUUGGUGGUGGGGUUAUAUCCUGACUUUUCUCUUCUACGUCCAUCCUUAUUUGUGGCAUAAGUGGUUCUGUUAUCUUUUUUGACUGCUGCUACGCAUUGAACAGGUGCUUUGAGAGAACUAUCCCUGGUGACUCCGAGAUCUCUCCCUUGAGUGGUACAGAGAGAGCAUGAAACCAAAUCAAAAACCCGUGGAUGCGUGCAAUUCUCUGAUACCUGGAUACACAGGCUAUGUCCCCCAAAGAUUCUAUAGAAUUGGCACUACUUAUGGAGAUGAUUCAGUGGCAUGUAUGACCUCAUUCCACAAUGCUACUCAAAGAAGCAGAGACGCACAGAAUGAGCUGAGAUACAUAGCAGCCACUACACCCAAACUUCCAUCUAUUUGCUCUAAUGAAGAUGUUUUACAAGCACUUUAUGACUAUAAUUAUAAACACCAUCCUUAUGUGCUAGGUACUGUACUAACUAAGAGAAGUUUACUAGAGCCACCUAUUCCUGGUUGGACUGGGUUUGUGCCUAGAGCAAGGGUCACUGAACUGGGAUACGGUGUUCGUUACCAUGAAAUGACAAAAAAUUGCUAUCAGGAUUUUAAGAACUUAAGAGAUCGGGUCUGCGAUGAUCCCACCAGUAAUUUCCAAAGAGGCAAAAUGCAUGAAGUUAGACUUAGCAAAGUUCCCAACACAUACCAAAGAUUCUACAGGCCUGAAGGGAUGCUGCCAAAGUACAGCGGUCAUAUUCCACAUGAACAUGUUGUCAUUGGGAAAACCUUUGGAAACCUGUGCAGAAGCUGCUCGGUAUGCACGCACACGGAGGAGUCCUAUGGUGCACAUCUCACUAAGAAACGUAAUGCCACGUUGAAGCUCACGAAGAACUUGAAAUGUAACAUGAAAAGUUGAAACGUGCGGUGAUUUGGACUUUGGCAAUUGAUUAAAAACUACUGAAAUACUAUCUGAAA